AUAAACCUAUUCACUUCCUCCACCCUACUCACACUAUUUAUACUAACUACCCCUAUUGUAGCAUCUAGCACAAAUUUCUAUAAGAGCAACAAGUACCAACACUAUGUAAAAAACAUAACCUUACUUGCUUUUAUCACCAGCCUAAUCCCCACAACAAUAUUUGUCCACACAAACCAAGAAACACUCAUUUCAAGCUGACACUGAAUUACUAUCCACACUCUCAAACUAUCCCUCAGCUUUAAAAUAGACUACUUCUCACUUAUAUUCAUACCUGUAGCAUUAUUUAUUACAUGGUCCAUCAUAGAAUUCUCAAUCUGAUACAUGCACUCAGAUCCUAACAUUAACCAAUUCUUCAAAUACCUACUCAUCUUCCUCAUUACUAUACUUAUUCUCACCACAGCCAACAACCUUUUCCAAUUGUUUAUUGGAUGAGAAGGAGUGGGAAUCAUGUCCUUCCUAUUAAUUGGCUGAUGAUUCGGACGAUCAGACGCCAACACAGCCGCCCUCCAAGCAAUCCUAUAUAACCGCAUUGGAGAUAUUGGAUUCCUUCUAUCUAUAGCCUGAUUCUUAUCUAACACAAACACAUGAGACCUACAACAAAUCUUUAUGCUCAACCAAAGCUCCCCAAACAUCCCCCUCAUAGGUCUCACACUAGCUGCAGCUGGAAAAUCAGCCCAAUUUGGACUACACCCCUGAUUACCCUCAGCAAUAGAAGGCCCCACUCCAGUAUCAGCCCUACUUCACUCAAGCACAAUAGUUGUGGCAGGAAUUUUCCUACUUAUCCGGUUCUAUCCUCUAAUAGAAAACAACAAACCCAUUCAAACAAUAGUACUUUCUCUAGGCGCCCUUACUACCCUAUUCACAGCCAUCUGUGCUCUAACCCAAAAUGACAUCAAAAAAAUUAUUGCUUUCUCCACCUCCAGCCAACUCGGCUUAAUAAUAGUAACUAUCGGCCUCAACCAACCUCACCUAGCAUUCCUGCACAUCUGUACACACGCUUUUUUCAAAGCUAUAUUAUUCCUAUGCUCUGGCUCCAUUAUCCACAGUCUAAACAAUGAACAAGAUAUUCGAAAAAUAGGCGGACUAUACAAAAUCCUCCCCUUUACCACAACUGCCCUCAUCACUGGCUGCCUCGCACUAACAGGAAUGCCAUUCCUCACAGGAUUUUACUCUAAAGACCUCAUCAUCGAAGCCGCCACUUCGUCUUAUACCAACGCCUGAGCCCUACUAUUAACACUAAUCGCCACCUCCCUAACAGCUAUUUACAGCACCCGCAUUAUCUUCCUUACCCUACUAGAACAACCCCGCUUCCCCCCUCUCGUAAGCAUUAAUGAGACUAACCCCAUAUUAAUCAACCCUAUCAAACGCCUAUUAAUCGGAAGCAUCUUCGCCGGAUUCAUCCUCUCCAACAACAUACCUCCAAUAACUACCCCCUUAAUAACAAUACCCCUACACCUAAAAUUAACAGCCCUUACAAUAACAAUCCUAGGCUUUAUCCUCGCAUUCGAAAUCAACUCCUAUUCAAAAACCUUAAAAUACCCACACCCAUCAAACGCUACCAAUUUCUCCACUCUACUAGGUUAUUUUCCCACUAUCAUACAUCGUCUACCUCCUUACCUAGUCCUAACAAUAAGCCAGAAACUCGCAACCUCUCUACUAGACCUAACCUGAAUAGAGGUCUUAUUACCAAAAACCACAGCCCACAUCCAACUAAAGGCCUCCCUGCUAACUUCAAACCAAAAAGGCCUCAUCAAAUUAUACUUCCUAUCCUUUCUCAUCACCAUAACCCUUACCUUAGUGUUAUUUAACUACCUCGAGUAA